GCCGACGGCGGAUGACGUGUGACGCAGUCAGUGUAUCUGGAGGAAGCUAGGAAACCUCAGGCGUCGUAGAUAGAUAAACACCCGGGAGAGGUGUGAGCCCAGCGAGCAAACAGCUGUCAGACAACCGAGAGAACAGCUCCAAAGCUCGGACCGAGUCCUCCACACAGCGAGGGUCGACAUGUCGGAGACGUACGACUUCCUGUUUAAGUUCCUGGUGAUUGGCAGUGCUGGGACUGGGAAAUCCUGCCUCCUGCACCAGUUCAUUGAGAACAAGUUUAAACAGGAUUCCAACCACACCAUCGGCGUGGAGUUUGGAUCCAGAGUGGUGAACGUUGCUGGAAAGACAGUUAAGCUGCAGAUAUGGGACACUGCUGGACAGGAACGAUUCCGUUCUGUAACUCGCAGCUACUACAGAGGAGCAGCUGGAGCCCUCCUGGUCUAUGACAUUACCAGCCGGGAGACAUAUAAUGCCCUGACCAACUGGCUGACAGAUGCACGGACACUGGCGAGUCCCAACAUUGUUAUUAUCCUGUGCGGCAACAAGAAAGACCUGGACGCAGACAGAGAGGUGACCUUCUUAGAGGCCUCACGCUUUGCCCAGGAGAACGAGCUGAUUUUUCUCGAGACCAGUGCUCUGACCGGGGAGAAUGUGGAGGAGGGUUUUCUGAAGUGCGCUCGCAUCAUCCUCAACAAGAUAGAAUCAGGUGAGUUAGACCCAGAGAGGAUGGGUUCAGGUAUCCAGUAUGGAGACGCGUCGUUGAGGCAGCUGCGGCAGCCAAGAGGCACCCCCACACAGAAUAAGCAGCAUUGUAAUUGCUAGGGAUCGUGACCCUACGCUCACCUACAGGCCGACGGAGACGGGGCAUCCCCUACAGCUCCAGGUGUUUUUUGGUGUGUCGUCCCUCUCUCUGCGGACUCACACACCUUGGAUCACCUGGACAAAUGAUCGUGGAGAUCACUGCAACCCCUUGACCCCUGACCUCUGGUAAGAGUCACUCCAUCUUACCUGAAGGGGUCAGCCUUGCACCUGUGUCUGGACAGGGAAACCCCUCAUUAUGAACACACUGUGAUCGUAAAGACGGGGAAUCCUCUUCUUCAACAAUCACUUUCUCAAGUCACUGACCAGACAAGGACAAGUCGGGGGUUGUGUAUAUGGGCUGCCCUGCUGUUCUUCUCUCUGUGUUUAUUUUUGUCAUCCUGGUUUCAGUAACAAUUUCAUGCUUUCUGCGUUUGCACGUCAUUGUUUGUAAGUUAUUAUCUGUAAAUUGAGUUGCACCUGUUCAUUGUUCAGACAGUCUGUUGGACUCAUGAUUCGUUUAUCUCCGCUUUUGACUUUUUAUGUUCGAUGAUAUUUCUGUUUUUAUUAGCCAUUAUCUUCACUGUACUUAUAAGUUCAGAGUUGUAUUGAUGGUGACUGAGUUAUAAAGAGUCUAAACAUAGACAGAUUUUGAUUGUGAAAUUUGCAUAUAGAAAUUUAAACCAGAUAUUAUUCAAAUCUUUACGAAGGUUUCCGAGGUUUUGGCUGUUAAUACCUUUUAUCUGAUCUGAAGACUGAGGCAGCUCAUCAGUUAUUUCUGAUUUUUUAAAUUGACACUUAAUUCCUAAUGCAGAACCCAGAUGUGUCACUCUGAUAUGUAGUCUUUUCUUGGUUUGCCUUAAAAGCAUUGUUUUAAUGUAGAGUAUUGGCCUUAGUAAUAUACUUGAUAUUGUGGAUCUACAGUAUAAUAUUCCCAGUCUCCAUGUCUCUAAAGUGUGAUAGGAACUGGUCCCGUCACAUCAUUCUACAUCCACAUAGAGAAAGCUGUGGUUCAGGUUGAAAGCACAAAAAAAGAGAACUAAUGCUCUUUAUUUUAUCCCAAAGUCCCCAAACUCUGUAGAUAUAUGUCUUCAGAUUCAAACCAUGUUCAAGUCUCAGUGUCUCUGCUCCGAUCGCAGUGAAAGACAAACCAAGCGUCUUCAGUCUCUGCAAAACUAAAACUGUUUCUGACUCCUGC